AUGGCGGAGGAGGAUACUGUAUCUGGAGAAGGGUGGAUCUCAGAUGAUAGCAGUUUCUAUGGUGACGAGGAUGAAAAACAACACCAAUCAAAAAAGUGUGAAAGCUUCAAGACCGGACCUUUCUGGCGCGCACAUGCCAAAGACCUAAACACAAUCGCGGCUGCCGCAAGAACACCAGCACCACCAUCAGAUGGAGCCGUGUCAGACAAGCAACCUGCGGCAAAGACUAACACCUUCGACAUGUCGGGUAUCGACCGCCAAGCUAUGGAGCAGGAGCGAUUAGCAAGACAAGGCAAGCGAAAGCGAGAGCCCUCACCUGUGUCAGCCUCGAAACUUGAAUUGUUCAAUCCUUUGGAAGGACAGGAUGAUGCGUGGCAGCUAGGCGAGCCUGUUGAUGACUUUGUCAGGCGACUUCCUCCAUACACAACCUCCAUCUCUACAUGUCCCUGGAUCUGGGCUGCUAAUCCGUAUCGCAAUCCUCGCGACAAGUCACCUUCGCCGCGCGUUCACGACUUUACAUCGCGUGGCACGGAGUUACUUCAACAGUCGCUCCAGACCCGCCACGACAUCCAGAAUGAAGGCGCGAAGGGGCCUAGGGGCAUGGUUACUAAACAGCUCCUCCAAGAGAGCAAAGCUCUACAAGAACGGAUCUCGGACCUUGCAAAGGACACGCAUGUUCUGUCCGGAAAGGUGGCCACAGACGACGGCAAGGACGAGCGACUAAUCUGUGUCUACACAAAGGACUUCCUGGACGCUGAUGAUGUACUGCGAGUACUCCAUGAGCUUGAGACCAUGGGUCUCAUCAACAUCGGCAGGACCAUUUACUACAAACCAGACGCCUACACUUAUCUGGAUCUUAGACGAGAGACGGCUGCAGCAUAUGGACUCCAAGCUAGUCUUUACAACUCACGAACUCUGUUGGCAGCUAACAAAGUUCCAAAGUCAUCCUCGUUUCCGCAGAAGAAGCAGUCGACGCUGAAGAAGUGA